AUGGACUGCCAUUUUUCUGUCUGGGGAGUUUUGGCCUUUCUGAGUUUGGCUCUUGUUGUUUCGUUGAUACUGAACAUUUCACACUAUAUGAAAAAGGGCUACUACACAGAAGAUGACCCAGUUUAUGGCAAUCUCAAUCAAGAUAUUUUAGAGGAAUGUUGUUACGAGCAGAUGAAGUCCCAGCCUCAAAGGCCAGUUAACCAGCUACAGGUGGAGUCUGCCCAUCAGAUGUGUUAUGCCUCACUUGAUCACAGUGUCAAGGGAAAACGCAGAAAGCCGAGGAGAAAGAAAGGCCCUUCAUUAGAGGAGGAUGAAGAAGAAAGAUCAUCUAACCCCACCAUGAUGGCUUCCAAAGUUAGCAUUUAUCUCAACAGUGAGCAGCUGGCUGCUGAAAACACAACAAACGUAGAAGCCAUUCAUGAUGAUCCCAUGAGAUUAAUGGGCUUGAUUCAUACUACAAAGGAGAGAACAUUUGAAGUGGCUUCAUAA